CAUUUAGAGAGAGAGAGAGAGCUCUCUUUAAAGAUAAAAAGAGAGUAUUUGCCCCCGUGACCCACACUCAUAUAGACCCACCCAACUCAACACGAUGAUGACGUGGACAAGCUCCUACGUGUUUACACCAACGAAACGUUCAUGGUCCUCCCUGGCUUUUUCAUCAUCAUCUCACUCUCUCUCUCUCUUCUCUCAUCUUUUUUUUACUCUUGAAUCUUGGAUCAAUCUCCUUUUUUUUUUUAAUUUUGUUGUGUGGCUUUUGGAUCGAAGAAAGAGAUCAAUCCUACUGUUUAUGUUUUUUGUUUGUUUGUUUACUGUAGCUUUUUUUUUUUUUUUUUGUGUCUUUCAAUUUCUUGAUCCACCCGUUCGUUCGUUCGUGGAUUCUGUUAAUCCCGAUGGCGAUCAAAGAGGAGACAGAGGAGAGUUGCGGAAGCAGAGCCGUCGUUGCUUCUGUAUCUAAAGAAAACCCUAGACAGCAUCGUAUGAAACUCGAGGUCUACGGUGAGGUUCUUCAGCGUAUUCAAGAAUUCAAUUACGAAGAAGCUAAUUUCCCUGGUUUUGAUGAUCAGCUCUGGCUUCACUUCAAUCGUCUCCCUGCUCGAUAUGCUCUGGAUGUAAAUGUUGAGAGGGCAGAAGAUGUUCUUACUCAUCAGAGGUUACUGAAGUUAGCUGAAGAUCCUGCUACUAGACCUGUUUUUGAAGUUCGUUGUGUUCAGGUUUCUCCCACGUUGAAUGGUAAUUCUGGUGACGCUGAUUCUUCAGAUCCUGCGGUUAAGGAAGAUGCUCAAAGCUCUUACAACUCGAGCAGGGUUCUUGCACCUCCAACUUUUGGUUCUUCUCCUAAUUUUGAGGCUCUUACACAAGCAUACAAAGAUCAUGCUGAAGAUGAUGAUAGUGCUGUCAAUGCACACUUGCCUAAUUCUCGACCGAUGCACGAAAUCACCUUUUCAACAAUAGACAAGCCGAAACUCCUUAGUCAGUUAACUUCUAUGCUUGGUGAACUUGGAUUGAAUAUUCAAGAGGCUCAUGCUUUCUCUACCGCUGAUGGUUUCUCUCUGGAUGUAUUCGUUGUUGAUGGUUGGUCCCAGGAGGAAACAGAAGGUUUAAAAGAUGCAUUGGGGAAGGAGAUAAGGAAGCUUAAGGAUCAACCUUGUUCAAAACAGAAGUCUAUUACUUUCUUUGAGCAUGACAAAUCGACCAACGAGCUGCUACCUGCUUGUGUUGAAAUACCUACUGAUGGAACUGAUGAGUGGGAAAUUGACAUGAAACAACUCAGCAUUGAAAAAAAAGUGGCAUGUGGAUCAUAUGGGGAACUAUUUAGAGGAACCUAUUGUAGUCAGGAGGUAGCCAUCAAAAUUCUCAAGCCUGAGCGUGUAAAUGCGGAAAUGCUACGAGAGUUUUCUCAGGAAGUGUAUAUAAUGAGGAAAGUUCGGCAUAAAAAUGUUGUCCAGUUUAUCGGUGCAUGCACACGAUCACCAAACCUCUGCAUUGUGACGGAGUUCAUGACUCGGGGGAGCCUCUAUGACUUUCUUCACAAACACAAAGGCGUUUUUAAAAUUCAAUCUUUGCUUAAAGUGGCACUUGACGUCGCUAAAGGAAUGAACUAUCUGCAUCAGAACAAUAUCAUUCAUAGAGACCUUAAGACUGCUAAUCUUCUUAUGGACGAACAUGAAGUCGUCAAGGUUGCCGAUUUUGGGGUUGCCAGAGUGCAGACUGAGUCAGGGGUCAUGACAGCUGAAACAGGGACAUACCGAUGGAUGGCACCAGAGGUCAUUGAGCACAAACCUUAUGAUCACAGGGCAGAUGUUUUUAGCUACGCGAUUGUGCUGUGGGAACUUUUGACUGGUGAACUGCCAUACGCUUACUUGACUCCACUGCAAGCUGCUGUUGGCGUUGUCCAAAAGGGACUUCGACCAAAGAUUCCAAAGCAAACACACCCAAAGNUUUUUUUUUUGCUUCCUGUUAAAAAAGGGUUCUUGCACCUCCAACUUUUGUCUUGUCUGCAUAUAAUUACUGAGAAAUACUCUGUAGCUUGGAAUCGUCCUCUCAUAUGUGGUGACAUUAUGAUCCCUUUCCUAUCUUAUAGACCGAUGCACGAAAUCACCUUUUCAACAAUAGACAAGCCGAAACUCCUUAGUCAGUUAACUUCUAUGCUUGGUGAACUUGGAUUGAAUAUUCAAGAGGCUCAUGCUUUCUCUACCGCUGAUGGUUUCUCUCUGGAUGUAUUCGUUGUUGAUGGUUGGUCCCAGGAGGAAACAGAAGGUUUAAAAGAUGCAUUGGGGAAGGAGAUAAGGAAGCUUAAGGUAUCUCUUAUAAUUUUCUUGUCAUAA